AUUAUCUCUUUUUACCUUUCAGCAAAAUGAUGGUCCAACACUCAGGCCAGGUAUCUGCAUUAGAAGUCAGCGCCUCCGCAAUUGUUCCCACUUUGUCCCCUGCAGGGUCACUGGGGUUUGAUGAUUUCACAAAUUUAACCCCACUGGUGAAAGAGGAACUGAGAUUUGCCAUUCAGAAUAAGCGUCAGUCCCACAGGAUGUCUUCUACAUUGGACACGGUGACAGUUUCUGAAAGGCCAAUUGAAACAUCAAUCAUGAAAACAGAGUUUUCUCCUGAAGAGGAUGAAAGAAAAAAGCGAAGAAGGGAAAGGAAUAAAAUUGCUGCUGCAAAGUGUCGAAACAAAAAGAAGGAAAAAACAGAAUGUUUGCAGAAAGAAUCAGAAAAGCUGGAAACUAUCAAUGCAGAAUUAAAAGCCCAGAUUGAAGAGCUAAAGAAUGAGAAGCAGCAUUUGAUAUACAUGCUAAAUCUUCACAGGCCCACUUGUAUAGUUCGGGCACAAAACGGAAGGACACCUGAAGAUGAAAGGAAUCUUUUUAUUCAACAGAUCAAAGAAGGCACGUUACAAGGUUAAGUGAUAUGGCAAACAUGGAAAUAUUUGUAGUGUUUUUAACAACUACCAGAAUCCACGGAGGAUCUGACAUAAUGUGUAGGAUUCUAUUAGUCAAGAGCCUUUAGGAAGGGCAGAUCGCUUUCUGAAGCGGAAAGAAUCAUUUUGGCUUGACAGCGAUUCUUCCUCUUGGAAGAUCUGGUCUCAAUCAAAUUGAAGAGUCUUCUGCCUCAAAUAUAGGUUUUGCACCUGUCAUACUUGCUGUUCCUAGGAGCUACAGACAACAGCUUCAGAAGUUUUAGCUCUCUGCUAGUAUACAGUAUCUGCACUCACGACGUUUGUGCUAGAACACUAUGACUUCCGAUGAUGCACAUGGUACAGACAGCUGUGCUGGAUGGACACUACUUUUCCUUGUUGCUGGUAGGGAAAGCAGACCGAGAGUAUUUUUAAAGUUUUGAAGUUUCCAGGAGGAUGGUUUCUGGCAGAACAUACUGAUACGUAAUGUUGCAUUCUAACCUAACACACACAUACACAAACACACAAAAAGCCUUUAGUUCCAACUAAGCUUUGUCAUUUUUUUCACAACACUUGUGUGGGUUUUUUCAAUGACUCAUCUCAGACUGAAUUUGAAAAGCCUAGUAGGUGUGACAAAGAAAUGUUUCUUGCAAAAUGUCCAUGUAGCUAAGUUUGUAUUUUAUGAGCUGGAACUCCACCUACUAUCCUUUGGGGACUACAAUUUUUCCUUGAAUUGCUGGAGAGCAGCUUGUACCACUGCUUGGUGACUUGGUGAAUAGGACCUACUGGAAAGAGGAAACUAACUACGGAGGGAUAUUGAUACAGGUUUUGCUUGAGUAAAGAACUGCAGGACUGAAUCCCAG